AUGCCGGCGCGCAAGAAGAGCGCCAGUCCCAAGGCGCAGGAUCACGACAGAGCCGCAGGCGACGACAAGGCCAAGGCCGACCCUCCCCUGGCGGAAUACAAGGCCAUCGAGGCGCAGUGGGCACAGGCGGAGCGUGCCAAGGCGACGGAGGAUGCGGCGGCCAUUGAGAGGCAGCGCGAGAUGCAGCGCGAGACGCGCAACAAGCAUCGGCAUGCGUCGUACGAACGCCGGUGGCGGUGGACCGUGGCCUUUUGGAUCUGGCUCCUCUUGAUGCACGCCGUCGGCCUCUGGCUCUUCACCGGCGGCUUCCUCCUCACCCGGCUCGUGCUCGGGGACAAGUCGAGCUGUGCGUCGCCGCCCAUCGACAGCCCUCGGGCGGCCCUGGAUCCCUCGCUCGGUUGCUGGCACCCCAAGACGUUUGACCGCGCCGUCGUCGUCGUCAUCGAUGCGCUGCGAUACGACUUUACCGUCCCCUUCGACGACGCCGACCGUGCCCGGCCCUUCCACAACGCCUUUCCCUUCCUCCACGAAACCGCUCUGCGCUCGCCCCAGAACGCCUUCCUCCGACCCUUCAUCGCCGAUCCGCCGACGGCGACGCUGCAGCGCCUCAAGGGGCUCACCACCGGCACUCUGCCGACCUUCAUCGACGCCGGGAGCAACUUUGCCGGCACCGCCAUCGACGAGGAUAACCUGCUGCUGCAGCUGCGGAACGCGGGCCGCAGGAUUGCCCACAUCGGCGACGACACCUGGUGGGCCCUGUUCCCGGAUUCCUUCGAGCCCAACCUCUCGAGGGCCUACGACAGCUUCAACGUCUGGGACCUGCACACCGUCGAUGACGGCGUCAUCGAAAACAUCUUUCCCCUGCUCGACCACCGGAACAAGACCAGUUGGGACCUGCUCAUAGGUCACUGCCUCGGCGUCGACCAUGCGGGCCACCGCUACGGACCCGACCACGCGGCCAUGAACGCGAAGCUGCGCCAGAUGGACGACUUUGUCCGCAACAUCACGGCCCUCAUCGACGACGACACCCUCCUCGUCGUCAUGGGCGACCACGGCAUGGACAGCAAAGGCGAUCACGGCGGCGAGAGCGACGACGAGGUCGAAGCCGCCCUGUGGAUGUAUUCCAAGCGCCCCAUCUUCGGCCGCACCUCGCCCGAGUUCGCCAUCCCUCCCGCCACGGCCAAGACGCGACCCGUGAACCAGAUCGAUCUCGUCCCGACCCUCGCCCUGCUCCUGGGCAUCCCCAUCCCCUUCAACAACCUCGGUCGACCCAUCGAGGAAGCUUUUGCCGGACCCGAAGGCGGCGACUGGGCCAACCUCGCCGCCGUCUCGCGCAUGGCCUCGGCCGGCAUCGAAAGGUAUCAGAAGUCGUACUUUGACGCCCGCGGCCUCGCUCCGAGCGCCGGCUCCGCGUCUCCCGCCGCCCUGUGGGCCGAGGCCAACGCGCCCGGCACCGAGCCCAAGGCCGCCUACGCCGCCCUCACGAGGUUCCAGGAAGAGACGCUGCAGGUUUGCAAGGACCUGUGGGCGCGCUUCGACGUCCCGCGGAUGGUCUCGGGCGUCGGCGUCGCCGCCGUCGGCGUCCUCCUCCUCGUCAUGUACGCUUCGCGGGGCCCGGACGACGAGUUUAUCGUCACCAACGACGUCGAGCUCGACUACGCCGAGAAGUUGCUCGAGAUGGCCGACGACAAGGCCGCCGUCCAACCGCACGUCGAUGAGCACCAUCACAGGGACCUGCUGCGCGGCUUGUGGGAUGCCCGCUUCCUCGUCGUCGCCUGCUCGCUGCUCCUCGCGGCCAUCUAUCGCCAACAGGCGAUGACGCGCGUCACCGCCCUCGUCACCCUGCUCGCCAUGUCGACCGUGGGCACAUCCCUCUACGGAGGCGGCAAGACGCUUCGCAACCUGCUCCCGAGCGGCUUCUGGGGUUGGCUGUCGGUCGUCUUCACGCUCAGCCACUCGAUCGGCUUCGCAUCCAACUCGUACACUGUCUGGGAAGACUCGAUUCUGCUCUUCUUCGUCACCUCUUUCGGCGUCGCCGCCACCGUCUCGUCCUUUCGCAUCGAAUACAAGGUCGACCGCACCAUGGCCAUCUUCCAUUCCCUUGCCUUUGUCGCCCUCGGCCGGCUCGCGUCAUACUCGAAGCUCUGCCGGGAGGAGCAGAUGCCGUUCUGCACCUCGACCUACUACGCCUCCGUCACGUCGUCCACCUCGGCUCCGUGGCAGCUGGCCAUCCCCUUUGUCGUCUUUGUCGCCCUCCCCUCCAUUGUCAAGUCGUUCCUGGUGCCGACGCGAUCGUACGAGGGCCUGGCACCGACCUGGAUCGGCUACGUGUUCCGCGGGGGCCUGCUCCUCUCGGCCGUCUACUGGGUCAUCGAUGCCGCCGACAACGGCAACUGGUUCGCCGGCCGGCUCUACGCCGAAUCGCUCAAGACGGUCGGCGUCUAUCUCGCCCAGUUGGUUCUCGCCCUCGCCCUCGUCGCCGGCACGACGGCCUUUAUCUGGGCUCCGCCCUGCGUCUCCAUCACCUUGACGACGUCCAAGACGGGCCAGGCCCGCGCCGCCAUUCUCGGAUACGCCAACGCCUUGGGAGCCCGCUAUCUCCUGCUGCCCCUCAACCUGCUCGGGGCUUGCCUCCUGCUCGCGAAGCCCAUGGGUUCGGGCGCGCUCGCCCUCAUGUUCUGGCAGGUGCUCUCCCUUGCCGAGGUGCUCGACCUCAACGGCAUCAAGACGGAGACGAUCGGCCCCGUCAUGCUCGCCGUCCUCGGCAACUUUUACUACUUCAAGACCGGCCACCAGGCCGUCCUCUCGAGCAUCCAGUGGGACAGCGCCUUCAUCCCGCUCUUCACCAUACGCUAUCCCUGGACGCCGCUCGUGCUCGCGCUCAACACGUUUGGUGCCCAGAUACUCGCCGCCGCCUCCCUGCCCCUGCUCGUUCUGUGGAAGACGGGGCCGAAGCAGAAAGGCGUGCUCGAGACGGUGGCGCGCGCCGCCGCCGUCUUCGUCGUCUAUUUCGCCGUCGAAGCGCUCGCCAGCAUGAGCUGGGCCGGCUGGCUGCGUCGUCAUCUCAUGCUCUUUCGCGUCUUCUGCCCGCGCUUCAUGAUGGCUGCCGUGCUGCUGCUGCUUCUGGACCUCGUCGUCCUCGUCGUGACCCUGACAGGGCUGCGCAGCAAUACGCUGUCCGUCAGCGAGGUCUUUGGCUGGGCGGAUUAG